UUGUUUUUAUGUUAUUGCAUAUACAUAUAUAUAUAUAUAUUUAGAUAAUAUUAGUAUAUAUGUUAAACAUGUAACGUGAUGAACCGGUUUGAAGCAGCGCUAUAGUGUGUUUGUAUUAUUGGGGGUGGAUCAGGCUGAUGAAAAGAAAAUGGCUGCCGGGUUUAACUGGUUCCUUGUACUGAGCUGUGUGUUUCUGUGCAACCUCGUCAAAACAUUCCUGCCAUCCAUUUCUUCAUUUCUGUCGAAGAUCUUUCAGAAAGAUGCUGACCAGGAGACGGAGAUGAGGACGGAGAUCCAGAACAUGAGGAUGGAGCUGUCCACCAUCAGCAUGAUGGACGAGUUCGCCAGAUACGCUAGACUGGAACGCAAGAUCAACAAGAUGACUGAUCAACUGAAGACUCUUGUCAAGUCAAGAACUGCACAACAAGCAAAAAUGAAAUGGAUUGUGAAUAUUGUAUUUUACGUUUCUCAGGCGGCCCUCAUGAUCUCACUCAUAUUGAAGUAUUACGCAGAUCCGGUCACUGUUGUGCCCAGUAAAUGGAUUGCUCCACUGGAGAGACUAGUAGCCUUUCCUUCCGGAGUUGCAGGUGGUGUUGGAAUCACAUGCUGGCUCGUUGUCUGCAACAAGGUGGUGGCCAUCAUUCUUCAUGCUGUCAGUUAAACUAUGAGCUUUAUAUCAACAUCACUACACAGUCACUGGAUUUUCAUGAAUGGCCUAACCCAGUGGUUCUCAACCACGUUCCUGGAGCACUGCACAUUUUGCAUGUUGUGGCUCAGUGGUGCCCAAUCAUGGUCCUAAAGAUCUACCUUCCUGCAAAGUUCAGCUCCAACCCUGAUCAAACACUCCUGAAUCAACUAAUUAAGAUCUUCAGGAGCGCUUGAUAAUUACAGGCAGGUGUGUUGGAUCUGAACUCUUCAGGUAGAUCUCCAGGAACAGGAGCUUUAACUAAGAUCUCUGGCCUAAAAAAAAAAUACCAGUCACUGUUCUGUUAAACAGUUCAAGUCUGUACUUGCAAAUUCUUGUUUAAUGACAUUAAGAUGUUUUAAUUUGCAUUUAGUGGGUAAAUGCUGACAUGUAAACAUUCCUAACAAACUGCAAAACACUGGUUUAAGCUGUGAUAUAAGUUGAUGCCAUCAACAGGUUUGGUGUUUAUUUAUUAUGUGUAUCAUAAUUGUAUAUUUGGGCAUGUUUUGGUGUUUUUUUUUUUUUUUUUUGGGUCAGUGUUACAAAUCUAUUUAUUGAUUUGUUUUUCAAAGAAAAAAUGUCCAUGUAUUAAUAAAUGUGCAAAUGAAAAUGUA